AUGGCUGUUCUCAAUGGGAGGCGUCCCAUUUCGGCUUCAAUGACGAUACUCGGGCCGCGCUACACAAUUGAGGGAGGUGGAGCGGGCCUGGUAAGUCUGAUGAGUGGGCGGUCUUGCCAUAUAGAUCUCAGGUUGGGUCUAAAGUUAGGCACUUGGCGGUUGGAGGGCUUCGGAAAACGGGCCUCGAGACGGAGUGGUAGCUGGGUCUUGACAAGGUGCAUGAGAGGUGCGCGUAUUGAUUGCAGGGUGGUCCGCUUUGUGAGUGGAUGCGUGCUGGAGCGUGCUUUGAUGAAGGCGGUCCGAGAUGGGCUUGCGAUGUGGACUGGACUGGAUCGUAGUACAGGCCGCACGGGCUGA